AUGGCGCGGGAGAACGGUGCCAACAGCAGCGACAGCGGUGGUGGUGGUGGUGGGGACGACGACCACCAAUACCAGGCGGGCUCAACCACCCACCGCAAGGAGGACGAGUGGAAGCACCGCGCUCCGUACAAGAUUCACGAAGACGACGAGGAAUUCGACGUCAAGUGGAAUGGAAAAUGUCACUGUGGCAAGAUCAAGUAUCAGUUGAGCAGAGACAAACCUCUCGCUGCCAAGUAUUGUCACUGCACAACGUGUCAGCGCCUGCAUGGUGCCCCAUUUCAGUGGGCGGCCAUCUUCGAGAAGGACGAUAUCCACUUCACACAGGGGCAUCAUGAUCUGGGCUGGUACGACUCUUCGUCCAAGUCCACCGAGCACCAUCUUCCAUGCAAGGUGCAGUGCGCCUACUGCCGGACCCCCAUCAUGGAUGAGGGGCGGAACAUGAUCCUGCUGUUCCCAACUCUGAUAGACGGCAUCAACACUAAGAAGGGUCGUGAGGCGUUCAAGGCUCAGUGCCACAUGUUCUACACGCAGCGCGUGGUCGACUUCAAGGACGACGGCCUGGACAAAUGGGCAGGGCUUGAUGGCAAGAGUGAUAAGGUUGAUGAUGAUGGAGACGUCAUCGAGCGGCAGUCGAAGAAGCAGAAGAAGGAUGGGAGUAGCUGA